AGGAGCCGAGAGGCCGCGACCGUGAGUGAGCCCGGCCAGGUUGCGCUGUGGGCGAGGGGAUCUGGAGUGGAGUCGGGUGGAGUGGUGACUCUGGAGGGCGCAGGAUCCCAAGGAGACAGAAAGGACAGAGCUGGAGGGGGAUCCGACCGGCCGCGGGGGCGCUGCGGAGGGUGGGAUGGAAAAGGGGGCAUACCUGGAGGCGAGACCGAGGGUCGUCAGAAUAUGAAGCUGGAGCUUGGAAGGGGGCCCGGGAGCAGAAGUGAGUGAGGCAGGAGAAAUGGUGGGGGUUGUGUGAGGUCUGGCGAGUUGGGAAGAUCCAGAGGUGCUAAGUUCCAAGGUAGAGGAGGUGGGUUGAGAAGGAAACCCAGGUGGGGAGAAGGAGCCUCGGCGGGAGGCCCAGGGAAAGUCCGCGGUGGGAGAGAGUUGAGCUGAGAUUCAGGCGAGGUGGGAAGCAGGCCCAGGCCGGGUAGGAGGCUCACUAGGCAGUGGGCAGGCGGGCGAGGUGUGAGGCUGGUUUAAAGAGGCAGAGGCCAGUCGGAGGUGAGGAGGAGUCUGGUUGAGGCAGCACCUGAGAAGUGAGGCCAGCACAGACUGAGGGUGGUCCCGCAGUGUAAGGGCUCCCCGCGGAGGAAACCCCACCGUGAGGCCCAAGGCUUGGUCAGGGGAGCGCCCCCCAUGGGGGAAGCCUCUCCUCGGUGGUUGCUGGAGCCAUGCUGUCCCGAAAAGGCAUCAUCCCUGAGGAGUAUGUGCUGACGCGGCUAGCAGAGGACCCCGCGGAGCCCCGGUACCGAGCCCGACAGCGGAGGGCCCGCUUCGUAUCUAAGAACGGCAAUUGCAACGUAGCCCACAAGAACAUCCGAGAGCAGGGCCGAUUCCUGCAGGACGUAUUCACCACGCUGGUGGACCUCAAGUGGCCACACACGCUGCUUAUCUUUACCAUGUCCUUCCUGUGCAGCUGGCUGCUCUUUGCCAUGGUCUGGUGGCUCAUUGCCUUCGCUCACGGUGACCUGGCCCCUGACGAGGGCACCGUUGUGCCCUGUGUCACCAGCAUCCACUCUUUUUCCUCUGCCUUCCUUUUCUCCAUUGAGGUCCAGGUGACCAUUGGUUUUGGCGGGCGCAUGGUGACCGAGGAGUGCCCGCUGGCCAUCUUGAUCCUCAUUGUGCAGAACAUCGUGGGGCUCAUGAUCAAUGCCAUCAUGCUGGGCUGCAUCUUCAUGAAGACGGCCCAGGCCCAUCGGCGGGCCGAGACCCUCAUCUUCAGCAAGCACGCUGUCAUUGCGGUGCGCCACGGCCGCCUCUGCUUCAUGCUGCGUGUGGGUGACCUCCGCAAGAGCAUGAUCAUCAGUGCCACCAUCCACAUGCAGGUGGUGCGCAAGACCACAAGCCCCGAGGGCGAAGUGGUGCCCCUCCACCAGGUGGACAUCCCCAUGGAGAACGGUGUGGGUGGCAACAGCAUCUUCCUCGUGGCUCCUCUCAUCAUCUACCAUGUCAUUGACGCCAACAGCCCACUCUACGACCUGGCGCCCACUGACCUGCACCAUCACCAAGACCUUGAGAUCAUUGUUAUUUUGGAAGGUGUGGUGGAGACCACAGGCAUCACCACCCAGGCCCGCACCUCCUACUUGGCUGACGAGAUCCUCUGGGGCCAGCGCUUUGUACCCAUCGUGGCCGAGGAGGAUGGCCGCUACUCCGUGGACUAUUCCAAAUUUGGCAACACCAUCAAAGUGCCCACGCCGCUCUGCACGGCCCGCCAGCUUGAUGAGGACCGCAGUCUGCUGGAUGCCCUGACCCUCGCCUCCUCCCGUGGCCCCCUGCGCAAGCGCAGCGUGGCUGUGGCCAAGACCAAACCCAAGUUCAGCAUCUCUCCGGAUUCCCUGUCCUGAGCCCUGGUCGCUAAGGCCCCCACACUGCUUGUGUGCACAGAGGCCGUGUGUAUGGUAUGUAGGGUGGGCGUGGUGUGGACCCCUUGCCAGGCCAGGUCCUGGUGUGAGGCUGGGCCCUCUUCAGCUCAGCCUCCCCCCUGCCAUUAGCCCAUGGUGUUACAAGGCACUUGUCACUACUCUAUUUCUGGCCUCAGAGGAAGCCUGUGCUGGGUUAUUUUUGUCUCUGCUCCUCCCCAGCUCAGGACUGG